CCAAUACUGUAUUUGCAACUUAAGGAAAUAACUUACUGCACUUGGUGCUUGUAGGUGACAGUCUGUUAACUUCCAGUAUUAAGUAGAAACUUAAGUUCAUCCUUUACGUAAAACAUAUUGCUCAAAUAUGGUAUGAAAAGGACGGUAUGACAGAGGUGUUAGGGGCACUGAGAAUUUAAAAAUGAAUAAUAUCUCACAGUUCUGAUUAGUAAGUGUUAGGACAGAGCCAAGAUUGGGAUUAAUGAGCUAAAAACAGCAAUCUAACAGCCACCAAUAGAGUUGGCACUUGUGAAAAAAGUGCAGUCAAUACAAAAUAUUUAAAACUAUUUGCGGGGCUAGCGCUGUGGCGCAGUGGGUUAAUGCCCUGGCCUGAAGCGCCGGCAUCCCAUAUGGGCACCGGUUCUAGUCCUGGCUGCUCCUCUUCCGAUCCAGCUCUCUGCUGUGGCCUGGGGUAGCAGUAGAAGAUGGCUCAAGUCCUUGGGCCCCUGCACCCACGUGGUAGACCUGGAAGAAGCUCCUGGCUCCUGGCCUCGAAUUGGCGCAGCUCUGGCCUGUUGGGGCCAUCUGGAGAGUGAACCAUCGGAUGGAAGAUCUCUCUCUCUCUCUCUCUCUCUCUCUCUCUCUCUCUCUCUCUGCCUCUCCUCUCUCUGUGUAACUCUGACUUUUGAAUAAAUAAAUAAAUCUUAAAAAAAAAAAAGAAUUUGCAUCCACAUGGCAAAAUGAUUAGGUUAUAGUGUUGAGAAGCAAGUUACAGAUCAGUGUGUAUUAUGAAGUUGCAAGUAUAGAUGUAGCUAGAGAUACAGAGAGAAUAGAGAUAGACUGAAAUUUUAGCAGUGAUUGCUUGUGGUAGAGCAGGUGAUGUUCUAUCAUCCCUCAUGUAGUUUUAUUUUUUUUUUCUGAACUGUUUUUCAUUCAACAGCUAUUUCUUUAGAAAAGGUACAAUAUAAGCUCUUUCCAAGUUUUGUAGGGUGAAUGUAGAAUGAGCAUCUUAGCCAUAUUUGGGAUCAGGGAAACUUCUUGCCUGAGGUUUAUUUAGAGAACUGUUUUGAAGGAGUUGGCUAAUUUUAGAAGCAGUUGAAGAGGCCAGAGGACGAGUUUGAGAAUCUGUGAGAAAAUGCAAAGUGUUCCUUAGAAAGUAAAUUGUAUAGAUGGAGGCCAAGAGGUGAGGGCAAGGAGUUGCAAGGUAUGAAGUAAGAACUUUCUAGGCCAUACCUUAUGAAAAGCUAGGUACACCACCUAGGGUUGACCUCACGCUGAGGACAGUGCAGAUUACUGAAGGAGAAACAGAAUUGGACUUCGGUUUGAGAAAUAACACUCAGCAGCUGGGUAGAAAGUGGGAUGGAGGCAGGGGAAUCUAGGCUCCAAGGGAGUAAUGCAGUGAUUGAAGGUGAUAAAGUAUUUGCAAGAAGAAAAAGAUCUAUUGCCUGUCUUGUUCGCUGUCAGCAUGGUACCUAAUGAUAAGUGACUUUUAGAUGAAUUAAAUGGGAAAACAUACCCAUUCCUUUAGAACCUCAGAUACCAAGAUGAUCACAGAUUCAAGGUAGGGAGGAAAUCAGUACCAUUAGUACAAACUCAAUUUCUUUUAAUUGUGGUAAGGUGACUUAAAGCUUUGAGAAUUCUGGCAAUAUUGAUCACUGAAAGAUUCAUUUUCUAAAAUAGGGGAGGCAUGAGGGAGGUGAGGGGCUGUCACUGAGAAGGCAGAUCCUCUCAGUCUCAGAGGCUCAGUUUCAUCAUAAUAAUACUUAAUAUAUCCUUAAUUGUAUAUCACAAUUUAUGUAAUUCUUUUUAUUUUAUUUUAUUUAUUUAUUUUUUUUAUUUUUGACAGGCAGAGUAGACAGUGAGAGAGAGAGACAGAGAGAGAAAGGUCUUCCCUUGCCGUUGGUUCACCCUCCAAUGGCCGCUGCUGCAGCCGGCACACCGCGCUGAUCCGAUGGCAGGAGCCAGGAUCCAGGUGCUUCUCCUGGUCUCCCAUGGGGUGCAGGGCCCAAGCACCUGGGCCAUCCUCCACUGCACUCCCUGGCCAUAGCAGAGAGCUGGCCUGGAAGAGGGGCAACUGGGACAGAAUCCGGUGCCCCGACCGGGACUAGAACCCGGUGUGCCGGCGCCGCAAGGUGGAGGAUUAGCCUAUUGAGCCACGGCGCCGGCCUUUAUGUAAUUCUUUAAGAAUAUCUAAAUUUAGCUACCUAAAGUUAUAAGGAAGGUGACACUUGAACUGAAUCUUUUUUUUUUUUUUAAGAGUUAGAGAGAGAGAGAGAGAGAGAGAGAAAGGUCUUCCUUCCGUUGGUUCACCCCCUAAAUGGGCGCUAUGGCCGGCGCCAUGCUGAUCGGAAGCCAGGAGCCAGGUGCUUCCUCCUGGUCUCCCAUGCGGGUGCAGGGCCCAAGCACUUGGGACAUCCUCCACUGCUUCCUGGGGCCACAGCAGAGAGCUGGACUGGAAGAGGAGCUACCGGGAAUAGAACCUGACGGCCAUAUGGGAUGCCGGCGCCACAGGCAGAGGAUUAACCAAUUUAAAUACAAAGCUGGUAUCAUCAGUCACCUACAGAAGAGAAACUGGAUAGUUAUAAUCAAGGAUGUGAAUCAGCCCGAUUGGACCCUGCAAAUUAAACCAUGGAUAUUCAAUAAAUACAGAACCAUAUGGUCCAGAUCCUAUGGGGUGACCUUUUCCUGUUUAAAUAGAAUAAAAAGGCCCCCUUGGAUGAGACUGUACAGUACUUCACAAACUACUAUCGAUAGCAGUGAGGUAAAAACCUUCCAGGCCCUGGCUCACAAGUGGUGGGAUGAACAAGGAGUGUAUGCACCUCUUCACUCUAUGAACGACCUGAGAGUACCAUUUAUUAGAGAUAAUCUUUUGAAAGCAGUUGACGAUCACCAGCCUGGAAAACCUUUGUCUGGGAUGAAGAUUCUUGAUGUUGGCUGUGGUGGUGGAUUAUUAGCUGAACCUCUAGGACGACUUGGGGCUUCAGUUAUUGGAAUUGAUCCUGUGGAUGAGAACAUUAAAACAGCCCAUCACCAUAAAUCAUUUGAUCCAGUCCUGGAUAAGAGGCUAGAGUACAGAGCGUGUUCCCUGGAAGAGAUUGCAGAAGAGACUAUAGAAACAUUUGAUGCAGUUAUAGCCUCUGAAGUUGUAGAGCAUGUGAUUGAUUUAGAAACGUUUAUACAGUGCUGCUGUCAAGUGUUAAAGCCUGGUGGUUCUUUAUUCAUUACUACAAUCAACAAAACACAACUGUCCUAUGCCUUAGGAAUUGUUUUCUCAGAGCAAAUUGCAGGUAUUGUACCAAAAGGUACUCAUACAUGGGAGAAGUUUGUAUCACCUGAAAAGCUAGAGAGCAUUCUGGAAUCAAAUGGUCUAUCACUUCAAACUGUAGCAGGAAUGCUCUAUAACCCCUUCUCAGGUUACUGGCACUGGAGUGAAAAUACCAGUCUUAAUUAUGCAGCUCAUGCCGUGAAAUCCAUGGUACAGGAACACCCAGGGCCUGCUGAGUUUGUUAUAAAGGAGGAUACUGAAGAGCUUCAAGCUAACACUUCCCCAAGCCUUGGUAUGCCUGAAGAGCUGAAGAAAUGAGUAGUCUCCAAGGACUGGAGUGAUGGGACUUGAACAUCUGAAGUUUACAAAUACAAAUAGUCUAUACAAAUACAAAAAGUCUAUAGCUUAUCCUUGGAGAAAGAAUCAUGAAGAAAAGAAGGUGAAUAAAGAGGGCUACAUUAUUGGACUGAGGUUUUUGUUAUUUCAUCUAAAGGCUACUUUCAAGGGAUUAUUCUAUGGAUAAAAAGGUUUUGUCAAGGUAUUAUGUGACCCAAGAGUUUAAGUUCCUAAGCCCUUAAUAUGUAAAUAGGGUAUGCAUAUUUCGUCUUAUAUUAUAGAUUAUAUAUCUUUUUCCUGCAUGUAUGCAUAUACUAUACUGUAAUUUGAUUUAAUUUAAAUGAAUCUAUUUCAUCUAAUGUUCUUCUUCAUUUGGUUUUAAUUAAAAGCAGUUAUACUUCUGAGUGAUUAAAACCAUGUAUAGUUUUGUAUUAUAUUUGGGAAGAUAAUAUAUAUUUUUUUCUUUAAAUUUUACUUAGUUGUAAAGCAAAUGAGUUAUUAAAUAUGUGCUGCAUUUGGCUUCAAACAUUAAAGUAAAGAAGUUCAGAUUAUGUUGCUUGUACUUCUGUAUAUGGUACCUUAAAUGUUUUAUGGUCCUUUUUUUUUAAGUAGAAAGGAUUGGUUUUUAAAAUUUUAUUUUAUUUAAAAAUUCAGUUAUAGGGGCUGGCUGCUUGCAAUGCUGGCAUCCUGUAUUGGAGUGCUGAUUUGAGUCCCAGCUGCUACAUUUCCAAUCCAACUCUCUGCUAAUGUGCCUUGAAAAGCAAUGGAAGAUGGCCCAAGUACUUGAGUUCCUGCCACCAAUGUGGGAGUCUGAGGUGGAUUUACAGGCUCUUAGCUUUGGCCUGGCCCAGCCCUUGCCUUUGCAGCCAUUUAGGGAAUGAACCAAUGGAUAGAUCUCUCUCUUUCUCUGUCUCUCCCUUUCCCUGUCACUCUGCCUUUUGAAUAAGUAAUUUAAAAAAAAAUUUUGGUCAUGAAAGAGUCUUUAAAAUUUUUAUUUAUUUAAUUUAUUUGAGAGAAGUUCCCAUCCACUGGUUCACUCCCUAAAUGUUCACAAUAGCUGUGACUGGGCCAGGCUGAAGCCAGGAGCCAAGACUUCAACCCAUGUCUCCCAUGUGAGUGGCAGAGACUCAAUUACCAGAGCCAUCACCUAAUGCUUCCCAGGGUGUGUGUUAGCAGGAAGUCGGAAUCAGGAGUGGAGUCAGAACUCAAACCAAAGCACUCUGAUAUGAAAUAUGGGCAUCCCAAGUUGCAUCUUAACCCCAUGGCCAAAUGCCCACUCCUGUGAAUUUUCUUUUUGAGCUAAUAUUUCCAUACUUAAAAAGUCUGACUUGAAAUAUUACAUAUUGAAAUAUUAUUUAUAUGAAGGACAGAGACAGAACUCCUGUCCACUGGUUCACUCCGCAAAUUCCUGUAGUAGCUGGAACUGGGUCAGGGCCAAAGCCAGGAUCUAGGAACACUAUCCAGAUCUCCCACAUGGGUAGUGGGAAACCAAUUAUUUGAGCCAUCGCCGUUGCCUCUUAGGAUCUGUGUUGGCAAGAAGUUAGAAUCAAGAACUGGAGCCAGAAAUGAAACCUAAGCACUCCAAUGUGGGACAUACUUAUCUUAACUGCUAGGUUGUCUACUCCUGAAAUAUGUUUUUAUGCCUCCCAGAGUAGGUGAGACUAGAGCUUUUUCUGGAAGUCCAGAUGUUAUAUAAUGUGUACAGAAGAGGCAUUGACAGAAUGAGACAACAUGGAUUUAGAGUAUGUGACCCAUGUAGAAGGUCAGCUUUUACUUUUUAGCCUUUUGACAUUUCAGCUCGUUCAUGUUUUCUGUAUUCCUCUGUCAAUGUCUGUUGAAUUGGGCUCCUCAGGAAAGUAGUUCCCAAUCAUGUUAGCUUAUCAUUUGUUCCUAGUGGCAUCUUAGCUGAGGAAACUGAAAUUCAAAGAAUUAGAAGCAAAAUUUUAGCUUCAGUAGCUAGUGGCUAAUUAGGGGGCUAAAUACUAGGAGUUCCCAAUAGUCUUCAUUAAAAAGUUUGAUUCUUAGUCUGAAUUCUAGUAGUUUUCUUACCAAAACAAACUCUCCUCAUUACAUCUAUUGCAAAAAAAAAGUGUUGAUAUUAAUAUUAAUCUAAGAAAUGUAAUGGGAUUGAUUAAAAGGCAGUUGCCAAAACAAAAUGCAUUUACUUUAAAAGGAGAUCUCUAACUUUCACAGGUAUUAAAUAUAUACAUUGUUAAGUGCUGGAAAUCUGGAAUGAUUCAGUAAUAGCUGAUGCGAAAGUAAAGGUAAUUCAAAGGAUUCCUACAUACCUUUCACUCAGCUUCUUAGAUGCUAACAUCUUUAGCCACAUUAAAUUAUAAAAACCAGGAAAUUAAUUUUGAUAUAGUACUUAAUCUACAAACCAUUGUGUUAUCUCACCACUGGAGUUUUUUUUUUUUAAAUAAGAUUCCACAUUAUAUUUACAUUGUCAUUUUUUAAUCAUUUAUUUAUUUAUUUGAAAUGCAGAGAUUUAAUAUUGUCAAAUGGUGGUUUUCAUAUCUUUUAGACCUGUUUAAUGGAAUUCUAUCAAAAGGAAGAACUGUUCCUUCUCCUCCAUUUACUUAUUGAUACAUUUAUAUACAAACAGACUUGUGGAUAUUUGUUAUCUUCUAUGGGUUAUAUUCCAUUACCAUGAUUUUGAUUACUCAAAUUGCCAUAAAUUUGGCCAUUGGGAACCCCUCCUGUGUCCUUCCAAUUUUUUGUUUUCGCUCAAUUUUUUGAAUAUAUCCUUACUUUCUGGAAUCACAAAAUGGUCCAGGCUCUACUCCUAUUUUCCUUGACUCAGCUUUGGAAUUCAGUUCCUUUUAUUGGGAAAUGGCAUUUAGAAACCACUAAGAGAACUUAGAAGAGGAGCCGGCUGUAGGUCUAAGGGAUUAUGAUGAUCUAAGGAUGAAGACAAUUGAGAGGCAACUGCAGAUAUCCAAAUCUUUGUGCUCUCAACACCCCUUUCUCUCCUGUCCAUUUGAUGAGUUUCUAACCUUCCAAACUCAGGCCAGGUAUCUUCUCCAUCAGUCAGUUCCUGACCAGCUCACCUUCUAGGGUAAAAAUGAUCAUUCACAUCUUAGAGCCAUCCUUCUCUACCCUCUACUGUCUCCUGUCCUAUUACUCUCCCCCCACAAUCUAAUAAUCUGUAUUUAUUUUGCCAAGGAUGUCUAUAGCAUUUUAGUGCUUUUGCUCUCUGUUAGAAAGCUCCAUGUGGGAUAAAACCUGUAUGUUAUCUCUACUUCAUAUUUCUAGUAUAAUCUGGUACAUACAGGCACUAUUAAAUGAGAGUUGAAAUGAGUAAUUACUUACUAGAACUAACUCAAGAAGGAUUUAUACCUGUAAAAUGUUAUUUUUUUAAAUAAAGAUUUAUUUAUUUGAAGGCAGAGUUACAGAAAGGGUGAGGCAGAGAGAGAAAAAGAGAGAGAGAGAGAGAGAGAGAGAGAGGUCUUCCAUCUACUGGUUCUCUCCUGAGAUGGCUGCAAUGGCCAGAGCUGGGCUAAUCUGAAGCCAGAAGCCAGGUGUGUCUUCCGAGUCUCCCACAUGAGUGUAGGGGUCUAAUGAUUUAGGGCAUCUUCUACUCCUUUCCCAGGCCAUAGCAGAAGCUGGAUCAGAACUAGAGCAGCUGGGACUGGAACUGGCACCCAUGUGGGAUGCUGGCCCUGCAGGCGGCAGCUUUUCCUGCUAUACUACAGUGCUGGCCCCAAAUGAGAGCAUUCUUACACAUGGUGUAGUUAUCCACACAAUCUCUAAACCCUUGGUGAUUUCCCUCAGUUUUCAUGUAUUCCUGUUUGCCUUCAUCCCUGCUCUACUCUGUCAUGUAACUGACAAUUCAACCACUCAGUUGGAAGAUUAAAAGUAUUUACAUUGCUUACAGUGUAGUAAUUGAUACAGGUAAAAAUCAGUGAAAGCUAAAAACCAAUUAUGUGAAAGUUGAGAAAAACAGGAUAUUUGCUGGAUACCACAGUAUCACUCAGCAGAUUACUUAUUUAAUUACAAAUAGAUAAAUACUGUUUUACAAUGGAAAGAGUUAACAUCACUCAAAGUAGGACAGCCUGACAUGUCCUACUGAUAUGAAGCACUAAGAAGUUCCCAAUAUCAUUUGUGGUAUGUUCUUGCUAAAAAUAUUUAAAUCUAAAGGCAGAAGUUUGAAAAAGUAUAGAGCAAAAGGAACAAGUUAAAAGAAACCACCAGGGGAAAGCCAGACAAACCCAAAAUGUGAGAUCUAUAAGUUAAGGGGCCUAAACUGGAAUAUAGGUUAAAAGUGACCAAUGCAAUGUAAAAUUGGAUUCUGGAUGAUAGAAAAAUGAAAACAGCAGCAACAAGACCGAUAUAAAAAAUGUUUGAGACAAUUGGUCUAGCUCUAACUUACAGGCAUUUGGGUAGUGAACCAGUGGUUGGGAGAUCUCUGUCUGUCUCUAUUCUCUCAAAUAAUAAUAAAAUUUUAAGAAGAAAAUGACUACAUACUACUGAUUGCAAUGUAAUAAAAUCCUUUGAAGACCCUGAAUAAAAUUAUAUCCUGAGUUUCUAUAUUUGUAGUUACAGGUGUUACUAUUAGAUCAAUGAUAAGUUGAAGAAAAGCAUUGAGUUAAAAUAUUACACAUCAGGGGCCAGCACUGUGGCCCAGUAGGUUAAUCCUCCACCUGGAGUGCUGGCAUCCCAUACUGGCAUCAGUUCUAGUGCUGGCUGCUCCUCUUAUGAUCCAGCUCUCUGCUAUGAUCUGGGAAAGCAGUAGAAGAUGGCCAAAACACUUGGGCCCCUGCACCCAUGUGGGAGACCCAGAAGAAGCUCCUGGCUCCUGGUUUCAGAUUGGCCCAGCUCCAGCCAUUGUGGCCAUUUGGGGAG